AAACAUUAAUAUCAAUAACAAGAACAAUAAAAUAAUAAGAAUAAGAAUAAACCCUUUUAGUCUUAGCUCUUAAUUGUUUCCAUACCCAAAAUGAAAUGAAUCAUGAAUCCUCUUCCUCCUAAACCCGCCGUCUUCUUCAUUUCAUUGUUUUUGGUCAUUUUUGUUGGAACCCGUUUUAGCAUUGCAAUUGAUACUUCAAAUUCUACAAUUCAAAUCAUCAAAGAUGGAGAUCACUUGGUAUCCACCAACAAGAAUUUCACUCUUGGAUUCUUCAGUCUCAACAAUUCCACCACUCCCCGAUAUGUCGGAAUUUGGUACAGUCAAAUUCCUCAACUAACCCUCGUUUGGGUUGCCAAUAGAAACCAACCCCUUAACCACACCUCAGGAACCUUCGCCCUCGACCCCCAUGGAAACGUCGUUCUUUUCACCCCCUCACAAACCAUAUCUCUUUGGUCUACUAACACUACCAUCCAAUCAAACGACGACGUGUCCAUUGAGCUUCAGAAUACUGGAAAUCUCGCUUUGAUUGAACGACACAGCCAAAAGGUUAUAUGGCAAAGCUUCGAUUAUCCAUCUCAUGUCUUUCUUCCAUACAUGAAAUUGGGGUUGAACCGGCAGACCGGGUUCAGCUGGUUCCUAACUUCAUGGAAAGCGCUCGACGAUCCAGGAACAGGAAAUUUCAGUUGCAAGAUAGACCCGACUGGGUAUCCCCAACUAAUUUUGUACAAUGGGAAUGUCCCGCGAUGGCGAGUAGGAUCGUGGACAGGGGAGAAAUGGUCUGGAGUACCUGAAAUGAGAAGAUCGUUUAUAUUCAACACAACCUACAUCGACAACACACAAGAGAUUUCCAUAAUGGAUGGCGUCACGACUGACACGGUUUUAACGAGCAUGACUCUAGACGAAUCCGGUUUGUUGCAUCGGUCCACGUGGAGCGAGCAAGAUAAUAAAUGGAUCGAUUAUUGGUGGGCUCCCACUGAGUGGUGCGAUACCUACAAUCGAUGCGAUCCAAACACAAACUGUGACCAGUACGACACGGAGCAGUUCUAUUGCAAGUGCUUGCCUGGGUUCGAACCACGAUCGAACCAGAGUUGGUUAUUGAGUAAUCCGUCAGGUGGGUGCAUUAGGAAGAGGCCUAACGCCAUGUGUCGUAGUGGAGAGGGAUUUGUGACGGUGUCACGCGUGAAGGUCCCGGAUACGUCAAUGGCAAGUGCGGAUUUGAGUAUGAGUUUGGAAGCAUGCGCACAAGCAUGUUUAAAUGAUUGUAACUGUACGGCUUACGCAAGCGCAAAUGAGCUGACGAGGAGCGGGUGCUUGAUGUGGCAUGGAGAUUUGAUAGACACGCGGACCUUUGCCAACACAGGUCAAGAUCUACAUGUAAGAGUUGAUGCUAUUGAAUUAGCUCAAUAUACACAAAAUUCUAAUCGUCCUUCGACAAAGAAGGUGAUAGUAAUUGUUGUUGUGUCUGUUGUCGCGUUGGUGUUACUCGUGACGUCGUUAAUCUAUUUAUGGAAAUUGGCUAGAAAAAGAAGGGAGAGAUCGACGAGUUUAUCUUAUGAUUUAGGCAACACUCUAAAUCCAAAUGAAUUUGAUGAAAGUAGAACAAACUCAGAUUUACCUAUAUACGACUUCUUGACCAUAGCAAAGGCAACUGACGCUUUUUCACUUAAUAACAAGCUUGGAAAAGGUGGCUUCGGUGCAGUUUAUAAGGGGAAGCUUACAAAUGGAGCGGAAAUAGCAGUUAAAAGGUUGGCUAAAAAUUCAGGGCAAGGAGUUGGAGAGUUCAAGAAUGAAGUUAAUUUAAUUGCAAAGCUUCAACAUAGAAACCUUGUCAAAAUUUUAGGUUACUGCGUUAAAAAUGAAGAGAAAAUGAUUGUGUAUGAAUACUUGCCAAACAAAAGCUUGGACACUUUCAUCUUUGAUGAUAGCAAGAGAGCUUUGCUCGACUGGAAAAAACGUUUUGAAAUUGUACGUGGCAUUGCUCGAGGGAUGCUAUAUCUUCAUCAAGAUUCUAGGUUGAAAAUCAUCCAUCGAGAUUUGAAGACAAGUAAUAUAUUAUUGGAUGUUGAUUUAAAUCCCAAAAUCGCGGAUUUUGGUUUGGCAAGAAUAUUUGGCCAAGAUCAAAUUCAAGCAAACACAGAUCGCAUUGUAGGAACAUACGGUUAUAUGUCGCCAGAAUAUGCAAUGGACGGUUUAUUUUCAGUGAAAUCUGAUGUUUAUAGUUUUGGAGUUCUGGUGCUAGAGAUAAUUACAGGCAAAAAGAACACUAGCUAUGUAUCCAACUACGUAAACUUGAUUGGACAAGUUUGGGAGCUCUGGAAAUUGGACAAUGCAAUGGAAUUGGUAGACUCAAGUUUGGAAGGAUCAAGCUUUGAGUAUGAAAUCACUAGAUGCCUCCAAAUUGGGCUAUUAUGUGUGCAAGAGGAUCCGACCGAUCGCCCGACCAUGUCGACUGUCGUUUUUAUGUUGGAAAAUGAAGCGAAUCUUCCUUGCCCAAAGAAACCUGCUUUCAUUUUAAAAAGAAAAAUCAGUGAAGGAGAUCCAUCCACUAGUACCAAGUCCAGUACCGAAGGAGUCAACUCUGUAAAUGAUCUAACAAUUUCCGUACUUGCUGCUCGUUAGGAAUGUAUAGUUAUACAUCAAAGUUAAAAAAUGAAAGUAAGAGGCUACACAUAUAUACGUGAAUUAUGUUUAUUUCCACUUCUAUUUAAUUUGCAAUUUGUUAAUCCAUUAUAUUGAUAUCUUGUUUCUUAAUUGUGAAUAAAGCUUGGCUUAAGAAUA